UUCGUUGCAGUGCAACUCCCCUUAUUUCUCUCAAAACGCAGAUAACAUGUAUAUACGAAUAUAUAAUACACGUAUUCGGUCUCAUCUUUCCUUGUUCUUCUUUUAUUUGGAUUUUUGAAACUUAAAUGUUUCCUACUUGGAUGAGCUCUUCGGAAUAGUGGCCGGUGAGCACAAGAUGCUUAUGAUCAAAUCAAACUUAGGAACUUCCAGAUGCCAUAAAUCGUGCCGUCAGUUCAGUCCCAGAGAUUUAGCCCGGCAUGUUCAUAGCAUGGUGAAUUCUAAGUUUGACUCAAAUCGGCUACUUUCGAACCGGCUGCUGAACGAUUUGUCAAAAUCUGGUCGAAUUGAUGAAGCCCGUAAAAUGUUUGAUAAUAUGUUUAAUAGGGACGAGUUUAGCUGGAACACAAUGAUUGCUGCUUAUGCGAAUUCAGGGAGGUUGGCUGAAGCUAAAAAACUGUUUAAUGAGACUCCUAAUCGAAGUUCUAUUACUUGGUCUUCUCUAAUAUCAGGGUAUUGUCGAUAUGGUUGUGAAAUGGAAGCUUUAGACUUGUUUAGGGAAAUGCUGUAUGAGGGACUAAAGCUGAGCCAAUAUACAUUGGGUAGUGCUCUAAGGGGGUGCUCGGUAUUGGGAUUGCUGCAGGUAGGUGAAACCAUUCAUGGUUACUUAAUAAAGAUUGGAUUCGUCUCUAAUGUUUUUGUUGUCACUGCUCUUGUUGACAUGUAUGCAAAGUGCAAGCGCAUUUUGGAAGCCGAAUAUCUUUUUGAUACAUUGCCUGGGAGGAGAAAUCAUGUGUUAUGGACUGCUAUGGUUUCUGGGUACUCCCAAAAUGGUGAUGAGUUUAAGGCAAUUGAGUGUUUCCGAGGCAUGCAGGCUGAAGGGGUUGAGUCCAAUCAGUUUACAUUUCCUAGCAUUUUGACUGCUUGUGCAUCAGUUUCAGCAGGUGAUUUCGGGGCUCAGGUCCAUGGAUGCAUAGUUAGGAGUGGUUUUGGGGCUAAUGUGUUUGUUCAAAGUGCAUUAGUUAAUAUGUAUGCAAAAUGUGGAAACUUGAACAGUGCAAGGAGGGCAUUAGAGAAUAUGGAAAUUGAUGAUGUGAUUUCUUGGAACUCAAUGAUAGUUGGGUGUGUGAGGCAUGGGUUUGAACAGGAAGCUCUGUCCUUAUUCAAGAAAAUGCAUGCGAGAGAUAUGAAAAUUAAUGAUUUUACAUAUCCAUCAGUCCUAAACUCUUUCGCUUCCACAAUGGAUAUGAAAACUGCUAAAUCUGUUCAUUGUAUGAUCAUCAAGACUGGAUUUGAAGCUUAUAAGCUCGUGAGCAAUGCUCUUGUUGACAUGUAUGCCAAACAAGGGUACUUAGAAUGUGCAUUAGAGGUGUUCAGUCGGAUUGUAGACAGGGAUGUGAUCUCAUGGACCUCCUUGGUCACAGGGUAUGCUCACAAUGGCUCUCAUGAAGAAGCCAUUAAGUUGUUUUGUGAUAUGAGAACAACUGGAAUUUGCCCGGAUGAAUUUGUGAUUGCCAGCAUUUUGAGUGCCUGUGCAGAACUGACACUACUAAAAUUUGGGCAACAAGUUCACGCAAACUUUAUUAAAUUUGGACUUGUAUCAUCUUUGUCAAUAGAUAAUUCCCUUGUCACAAUGUAUGCAAAAUGUGGGUGUAUAGAGGAUGCUAAUGGAGUCUUCAAUUCAAUGCAAGUUCAGGAUGUAGUUACAUGGACAGCUUUAAUAGUUGGUUAUGCACAGAAUGGUAGAGGAAAGGAUUCCAUACAAUUUUACAAUCGGAUGAUAGCCAGUGGCACAAAGCCAGACUUCAUCACUUUCAUUGGCUUACUAUUUGCUUGCAGCCAUGCUGGUCUUGUUGAUGAUGGUCGCUGGUUUUUUGAAUCAAUGAAUCAGGUCUUUGGAAUAAAACCAGGUGCUGAACACUAUGCUUGUAUGAUUGAUCUCUUGGGGCGCUCAGGAAAAAUGAAUGAGGCCAAGGAAUUACUGAAUGAAAUGGAUGUUAAACCAGAUGCAACAGUAUGGAAGGCACUACUUGCUGCAUGUAGAGUACAUAGGAAUUUAGAGUUGGGAGAGAAGGCAGCAAAGAACCUUUUUCAAUUGGAACCCUCAGAUGCUGUGCCAUAUGUUCUAUUAUCUAACAUGUAUUUUUCAGCUGGUAGAUGGGAAGAUGCUGCAAGAAUUCGAAGAGUGAUGAAAUCAAUGGGAAUCAGUAAGGAGCCAGGUUGCAGUUGGAUUGAGCUGAACAGCCAUGUGCAUAGAUUUAUGUCAGAAGAUAGAGGCCAUCCAAGGACAGCUGAGAUAUAUUCCAAGAUAGAUGAGAUUAUGAUACUAAUCAAGGAAGCUGGAUAUGUGCCAGACAUGAAUUUUGCACUUCAUGACAUGGAUGAGGAGGGCAAGGAGCUUGGUCUAGCUUAUCACAGUGAGAAGUUAGCCAUUGCUUUUGGGAUUCUCACUGUGCCACCUGGAGCACCUGUACGAAUUUUUAAGAAUCUUCGGGUUUGUGGGGAUUGUCAUACUGCUAUGAAAUAUAUAUCAAGAGUAUUUCUUCGGCAUAUUAUUUUGAGGGAUUCAAACUGUUUUCAUCAUUUUAGGGAUGGAAAUUGUUCUUGUGGGGACUAUUGGUAGGAAUUCCAUCUCAGCGUUGGCUCCCAUCCGGUCUCCUACGAGGAGCGUGUGAUUAAAUCACCAACUAUCGGUGCUCUCACUAUGGAAUUUUUAUCUGCAACAUUACUCUCAAGAAAAUAUGGAAGUGCUGGAACCUGCGAAAUUUGCAGACCCCUGCCCCAUGACACUCAAGUGAAACAUUGAUUUAGCAGGCUCCCCUCGGUUCCUUUGAGUUUCAGUCUUGUGGAUAUGAUGCUCAAGCAAAUUUGGUAGCUGAAUUCAUGAUCUGUGUAGACCUAGUGGGAACACUCAUUGUUUAUGGCUUGAACUACCUGGGUAUCUACUUAUUCUUCGCACCCUAUGCUUUCACUCUAGCGUCUAUAGUGACCCAGAACAUCACCUUCGCAUUUGGAGUUCGUAGAUCCAGGAUUACAACUGUCAAGGUAAUGCAACAUGCUGGAACAGACUUGACACAAGAUCCACUGCUUCAGGGGCCAUUCGCAUGUGAAAUAUCUGGAAACUGUAAGCUGAUAAGAUCUCCACUGUCACACAAAAGUAGCAGGUCAUUUGAAUCUUCCAUCUUUGAUACUUAUACGACAUGAUUUAUCUCUAGUCUGAGCACUUGGCAGUUGGGACCUCCAUAGGCAAGUUUUUAUCUACGGAUUUGCCCUUCUAUAUGAUAGUACCUAAUAGUAUAUAUUCAGUAAUCUGCCAUUUUGAACUCUCCUGUACUGUUUAAAGGACAAUUAUAGUCAAACUAUUCCUGACCCUCAUGGUAAUUCUGUUUCUAGUAAGCCACAUCUUGCUUGAAUUAAAUCUCAUGGUAAUGAUUUGUAGAAGCUCCAAAUAGUAAGUUUUACGUAGUCAUUUUGUAAUAAAGUAGAUCUCACCAUGAAAAAAUGU